UUCGUUCGGUUAUCGGCCCGGUCUGGUGAUAACCCCCUACGGUAUAAAAUGCUUUCAUAUCUUCAUUCUCUUCUUCGUCCUUUCUCCUCUCCUUCAACUCCAUGGCUUCGACUUUAAACAUUGUAAGAUCAAUCUUCCUAGUCUCUGCAAUACUCCUCUCAACAACCAAUGCUCUCGCGGAUACUUCUUCGACUUCGAAUUCCCUCAAUGCCCACCUCGCAGCAAUCAAAUCUAUUUGCAAAGAAACGCCUUACCCCGAUCUGUGCAUCGAAUCGCUGAAGCUCUCCAUCUCCAUCAACAUUACCCCGAACAUCCUCACCUUCCUCCUCCAUACCCUCGAGGCCGCCAUCUCCGAAGCCACGAAGCUCAACACGCUCCUCUUCGACAUCUUCCUUGGCCACUCAAAACUUAACAUCAUUGAACACCAGAAGGGAACCCUCCAAGACUGCAAGGAUCUCCACCAAGUCACCGUUUCCUCCUUGCAAAGAUCGGUCUCCCAGUCCUGGCUUGGAGAUUCCCGGAAAUUACCGAACGCAUGGGCCUAUCUCAGCGCAGCGCUUACGAACAAGGCGACAUGCCUCGAGGAGCUGAGCUCUGCCUCAGGGCCCGCGAAGCCCAUCCUGGUGAAUUCCGUCCUUAGCACCUACAAGCACGUGAGCAACUCCCUCGCGAUUCUGGCUGGACAGGUGGCCAAGAAGCCAUCCCGGGCGGGCCGGAAGCUGACUAGCUUCCCAGAAUGGGUCUCCGAGAAUGCCAGGCGUGUGCUGGAGGACGACGAGUACGAUCCAAGCGAGGUGAUCACUGUGGCAGCAGAUGGAACCGGGAACUUCACCAGGGUGAGUGACGCGAUAAAUUUUGCGCCGAAUAACAGCUACGACAGGACUAUAAUCUACGUGAAGGAAGGUGUAUAUACGGAGAAUGUAGAGAUCCCAAGCUAUAAGAUGAACAUUGUUCUGCUCGGGGAUGGUGCCGAUGUUACUGUGAUUACUGGGAACAGGAGUGUUGCUGAUGGCUGGACUACCUUUAGAUCUGCCACUGUUGCGGUAUCAGGAGAAGGUUUCCUGGCACGGGAUAUUGCCUUCGAGAACACAGCAGGGCCUGCGAAGCACCAGGCGGUGGCGCUGCGCGUGAAUGCGGACUUCUCGGCCUUCUACAGGUGCUCUAUGAGUGCCUAUCAGGACACCCUGUAUGUUCACUCAUUUAGGCAGUUUUACAGGGAGUGUGACAUCUCGGGAACUAUCGACUACAUCUUUGGGAAUGCGGCGGCCGUUUUCCAGGGCUGCAAUAUAAUCUCGAGAAUGCCAAUGCCAGGCCAGUUCACAGUCAUCACUGCCCAGUCCAGAGAAACUCCGGACCAGAACACGGGGAUCUCCAUCCAGAACUGCUCAAUUCUGGCCAUGGAGGACCUGGUCUCGAAUUCCGGCAGUGUAAACAGCUAUCUGGGCAGGCCCUGGAGAAACUACUCUAGGACUGUCGUAAUGGAGUCCUACAUUGAUGGGUUCAUUGACCCCAGUGGUUGGACCCGAUGGUCGGGAGACGAGGGGCUGGACACACUCUACUACGGCGAAUACGAGAAUUAUGGUCCGGGCUCCAGCGCUGACAACCGAGUCACUUGGCCUGGAUACCACGUCCUGGACUACUACGAGGCAUACAAUUUCACGGUCUCGGAGUUUAUUACCAGCGAGGAGUGGCUCGAAUCAACUUCAUUUCCUUACGAUGACGGAAUUUGACAUUUCGUGAUUAGGCUUCAUGUCAAUACUUAAAAAGUUUAUACGAGAUGGCAUCAUUUAGGGUAUAUCUAUCACUUCAGUGUUUGUGACGAGAAGUCAUUAAGGUUCCCUUUUCAAGUUACAAGUUAUUGAAUUUCCAUUA